GCGGGUGGCGAAAUUAGUUCAUGACCUUCCAGAUAAAGAUCGUUGCCUCAUCUUCUUAGAUAAUUUCAUGGAGGUGGAACAGCUAAAGUUGGUGAAAGGCAUGAAAGAAAGGUAUGAUUGGCCAAAAAUUCGAGAGAAUUUAUUGGCCGGGGACUUCGACCAGAUCCUCUAUCGGCUGCUGAAACAGCAGAAGGAAAAUCGGGAGAGGUUACAGUUGGGGACGGACAAGGAUAAGGAGGUCUAUAAGACCUUAUCUGACAUGAGGGAAAUGAUGAGCAGUAUGAAGGAGGAACGGUUAAAACUUCAAGUGAUGAUGGCCAAGGCAAAAACUGGGAAGAGAAAAGGGAAGGAGCCUGUCACAAAAGAGAGUAGCAGUGAGAGUGAGAGCGAGGAGAAAAGAGAACCCCCUCGUAAGUUGACCAAGGCUGAGAGGAAAGCCAUGAACCAGGUACGAGGAGGGCAAGGUACUUCUCGUAAACAAGGAAAAAGCAGCAUGAACGGAGGAAAUGGAAGCGGGGAGCGACAGGUUGACCGAGGACAACAAAAUCAAGGUCAACAGACGCAACCACAGGGUGGUCGAGGCCGUGGUAGAGACCACGGAAAUGGAGGCGGACGUGGGAACUGGCAGAAAUACGUCUGCAAAUAUUGCGAUAUGAAGGGACAUGUUAUUCGUUUCUGCCAGAUUCUCGCCAAGGACAAGAAGAACCAUAUCGUCUUCACGACGAUUCGAGGAGAAGUCUUUGACUUCGAGGGAAAUCUCAUCGAUCAAGAUAUUGAAGGAGGAAUGAGAAAAAAGGCUUUUCGACGGAUGGACCGUCCUCUUCCGGCCAUGUUUCGCCUAGCUUCUCCUGAAGAAGCAAGUCUUUUUGAGUUAGAAGAAACAAUGGCUUCUCUGGAGAUUGGCGCUCAGAAUCGAGCAGAUGGAUUGAGUCGUGUUGAUUGGGACUCAUCAACGGAUCAGGCUGAGGAUUCAGUUCCUGUCGAUGGAUUCCUCGAAGGAGAAGAGUCACAGUUGAGUAUUAACUCAUACAAUUACUUGACGGAUGCAGCAACCCGGAAUGGGAAAACCAUCUGGAAUGCUCCCUGUUUCCAUCAUGUGCGAUCAGAGCUCGUGAUUGGGGAGCCGUUCAUUGAGGAAGACCCAUGGGGUGAAAGAACAUCUGAGCAAAUGAUGAAUUUGGCUUUGUCUGAUGAAGUCGAGCUCAUCAAAGAGCCGCUGACGAUUGAGUAUGAGCAUGAGCAGGCUGAUAAGACUUUCAGGAUCACUGGAGAGAUGUCAUUCCUUCUGAACUCUCCAAUUCACGAGGACCGCCUGAAAAUGAUGAAUGAAGAAGCAGAAGGCAAUGAAAUCAGAGAGACUUUCAGAGAAGGAGAGUAUGAUGGGGAGUAUAAAUUAAUGGGAAUGUAGUUGAAUGAUUUUGUAUGGGCCGCUCAGGAGGUUAUUUAUUUUGAGAUACCCGUCAGGGGGUUAAACCUGAUUCUUUUUUUAGAUAAAUUAACCGACUGAGG